AUCCGAGCGAUGGCUCCCUUCCUAUAGUCUAUCUGACUGAAGGAAGCAACAUCGUCGACAAAGUCGCAGAAGCUACGCACAAAUACCUCAUGAACGACGUAACAAACAGACUUCCCAGUCAACUGAGGAAUUUUGUCAGCAUAUACCCAUUGCAUACUUUUGUCGUCGCUUGCAAGCUCAAUUGGAAAAGGGAAGUUGACAUUGCAGCGAGCAAGGUGCUGGCAAAGCCCCUAUUCGCCCACAAGGAAGACAUGCCGGAGCUCGACCUCCCUUCCCUCAGGAUCCUUUAUCGCUUCGCCCAGUUCCACGAACGGCGCAUGAGCGUCAUCCGAUCCGCGUUUCUCGAUAUGCUGGAUAGAGUCCAAGUCAGGUGUACCGUUUACUUCAAAGGGCCGCCCUGCGACAUGCAUGAUAUCUGGGAUGACACUCCCCAGUUUCAUCACCCGCUUCCGAGGAAAUCAUACCUCCUCCAUUACGGUGCGACCCUCCUCAGGGCGAUGCUCUUGUCUCCAACCAUGGAGACUUUGACUUCGACAGAUGUGGAUGCUAGGGAAUCUGCGCGUACCAUAGCAAUGAUGUGUCCUAAUUGCGCCCAGGAUGAUCUGGAUGUUAUCUUUGAUGAGGCCAUACCAAACGAUGUCUUGGCCAAGGUCUAUAAGACAUUAGACGAGAGAUUUUCUGACGUGUUGUGAGUCAUGAAGGUUACAAAGGCGC